AUGCUGCGAUUUCAGCGCUUUGCAUCGCACUACAACCAAUCCAAACUUCUCCGGAAGUAUCCGGUUGGUGGCUUAGUGCAUGGCUACGAGAUAAAGCGGGUCCUACCCGUUCCCGAAAUGAAAUUCGUUGCAGUCGAUCUACAACAUGUCCAGACAGGAUCGCGACAUCUACACAUUGAUAGAGACGACAAAAAUAAUGUUUUCAGUGUCGCCUUCAAAACCAAUCCUCCCGACGAUACCGGUGUUCCGCAUAUUUUGGAGCAUACGACCUUAUGCGGGUCCCAAAAAUAUCCAGUCCGGGACCCAUUCUUUAAGAUGCUGAACAGAUCGCUUUCAACCUUUAUGAAUGCCAUGACUGGUCAUGAUUACACGUUUUACCCAUUUUCCACUGCUAAUGAAGCAGAUUUCAAAAACCUGAGAGACGUUUAUAUAGAUGCAACGUUCAAUCCGUUGCUGAGACAUGAAGAUUUUCUACAAGAAGGUUGGAGACUGGAAAACUCCGAUCUGAAAGAUCCGAAAAGUGACAUCGUGUUCAAGGGCGUCGUUUAUAAUGAAAUGAAAGGGCAAAUCUCAAGUUCCAAUUAUCAAUUUUGGACCAAGUUCCAACAAAACAUCUACCCUUCUUUAAACAACUCUGGGGGUGAUCCGCAAAAAAUAACAGAUUUGCACUACCAUGAACUACUGUCAUUCCAUGCAAAACACUAUCAUCCCUCAAAUGCAAAGACGUUCACAUACGGUAAUUUUGCGCUCGGUGACACUCUGCAUAGGCUAAAUGAGGAAUUCAAGUUACGCGGUAAGCGGAACAUUAAAAACGAGGCUUUGCUUCCACUUCACUUCUCAACUGAUGUCCGAGUGAUAGAAAAUGGCGAAGUGGAUCCCAUGCUUCCACCGGAUAAACAACUAAAAACUUCUAUGACGUGGGUUUGUGGAGAUCCAUCAGAUGUUUAUGACACAUUUGUAUUAAGAGUACUGGGUAAUUUGCUUUUGGACGGUCAAUCGUCAUCUAUGUACCAGGAAUUGAUCGAACCUGGAGUUGGCCAUGACUUCACUGUAAACUCAGGUGUGGAUUCUACGACUUCUGUCAAUUUUUUCACGGUGGGUGUUCAAGGAUGCAGCGAUACUGGCCUGUUUGAAAAAACUGUGCAAUCCAUUCUUAAACGGACGCUGAACAAGCCCUUCGAGGCUAAAAAAGUGGAGGCCAUUAUUCAGCAGCUCGAACUCUCUAAGAAAAAUCAAAAGCCCGAUUUUGGACUUCAACUGUUGUACUCCGUUGUCCCUGGUUGGGUGAAUACUACGGACCCAUUCGAUAACUUGGUUUUCGAUGAAAUUUUAUCUCAAUUCAAAUCGGACUGGACAGAAAAGGGACACGGGUUAUUUAGUGAGGUCAUCGAGAAGUAUCUAGUUGAGAAACCUUGUUUCCAUUUCUCUAUGAAAGCCGAUCCUGAUUUUUCUCAGAACCUCGAGCUUGAAGAAGCUGAGCGUCUGAAACAGAAAGUUAGCCAGUUAGAUGACGCCGAUAAGGAAACGAUUCUUAAACGCGGUCUAAAACUUCAAGAAACUCAAAAUGCUACAGAAGACGUUUCAUGUCUCCCAUCCCUUCAAAUCAAAGAUAUCCCACGUAAAGCGGACACUUAUAAGGUCGACAAGAAGGCUAUGAUUUCUCACAGAAUAACUGAUACAAAUGGCAUAACCUAUCUGAGAGGCAAAAGAAAUCUCAAUAGCGCUAUUCCCCGCCACCUGUACCCAUACUUGUCAUUAUUCGCUGAUUGUCUCACAUCGUUGGGUACACCUGAUGAAAGUUUUAGCGAGAUCGAAGACGAGAUGAAGCUGCACACAGGUGGAGUUUCGACAAGCGUGUCUGUGCAUAGCGAUGGUGAUACACUGGAACCACAAAUCGAUUUCACAUUUGAGGGUUUUUCUCUAGACGCUAAGACACAACAUGUUUUCGAUAUCUGGCGUAAAUUGAUAGUCGAGACAGACAUUUUGAAGCACAGUGAAAAACUGAAAGUCUUGAUUAGGUCUCUUGCCUCUUCUAAUACCGCUUCUGUGGCAGAAAGUGGGCACUCUUAUGCCAGAGGCUAUACAGGUGCUCACCUAACGUCUUCAAAGGCUAUAAAAGAGACGAUAGGUGGCAUAGAACAGCUGCAGCUCAUCACACGUCUUGCUGCUACAUUAGAUGAUCCAGCUCUGUUCCAAUCCGAGGUUAUUGAUAAGCUGAUGGAACUCAAGAGCUACGUCAUAGCUAAGGAUAAUAUGAAGUUCUUCAUUACUUGCGAUACUGACAAGCAACUUACCAAAGUAGAAUCGCAGAUACAGGGAUUUUUGAACAGCUUGCCGGAAACCUCUGAACCAUGUUCGUUUUCCUCAACGGAAUACCCAUCACUAACCUCAAACGGCAAACCCACCUUGAUCUUUUUCCCCUUCCAGGUCUACCACACGUCUCAAACUAGUAUGGGGGUUCCAUACGCUCACGCUGAUGGUGCCGGUCUCCAAGUUCUUUCAAACCUACUCACAUUCAAGCAUUUACAUCGCGAGAUCAGGGAAAAAGGCGGCGCUUACGGUGGCGGAGCCGUUUACAGCGCUUUGGACGGACAGCUUUCGUUCUACUCUUACAGAGAUCCACAGCCACUCAACUCUCUGAACGUGUUCCAGAAUGCAGGAAGGUACGUUUUGGAAAAGUCAGACUGGCAGAAUAGCGAUUUGGACGAGGCCAAAUUGACAAUCUUCCAGCAGGUGGAUGCUCCGAUCAGCCCUAGUAGUGAAGGAGUGACAGAAUUCACUUACGGUAUUACUGACAAAUUGCGGCAAAGAAGGAGAGAACAGUUGUUGGACGUGACGUUGGACGACGUUCGUCGUGCAGCUGAGAAAUAUUUAUUCAAUACAGAGAAGGUGUCUGCUGCUAUUGGACCGCAGCUGACUGAAGUGCAAAACGAUAGUUGGAACUUCAAACAGUUGCAGUGA